AUGGAAUUGGACCACUCAUCAUCAUGUGAUCAAGAUUACAACUCAACUUCAUCCUCACCACCACCUGUGGUUAAGCUCUUCGGUUUUCCGGUCACAAACGACGGCCAAAAAAACCCGACUCUUCGAAAAAUCCAACACGACCACAUUAACCACGCGGAAAGCAAAAGGUUCGAGUGCCAGCAUUGCCACCGGAAAUUCGCCAACUCGCAGGCAUUGGGAGGCCACCAAAACGCGCACAAGAAGGAGCGCCAGCGCGCUAAGCGGGCCCAUUUCGUAAGCCCGCAUGGGGUCAAGCCCGGCCCAGUAGGGCCCAACAACGGUAGUGCAUACAGAGCGCGGUUCUUCGUGUCGGCGGAAAAUUCUGUGCCUCAGGUUUUGUCGGGAGUGCCUCUGGGGUACACCGGCCGGUUCCAUGUGGCGGCCUUGGGGCCACGGCACGGUGGCUGGGGUGAGGUGGGGCCGUCGAGGGCGGCCGGGAGGACAGAUGGCAGCGAGGGAUUGGACGUUGAUCUCCAUCUGUGA